AUGAUCACUCCCAAGCAGUUCAUGGGUGCCGAACGUGCUUGUAUUCAUGGACAGCUUACCCAAGCCAGGGUCGAGGGACUCAUAUCGGGUGCCAUAUUUUCCAAUUUCACAAAGGCAUUUGAUCGGUCCCACACGUCCCGCUACACCACAAACGCGAGUCCUAUGGGAUUCAGGCGGAAUAUUUUGAGCGCAGGUUUUUCUAUGAGAAUACGUGAGCGUCCCUCUUGCCGGAACCCUACUAGACUCAGUGGUUCAGCCGAAAUCUCAACCGGGUUCCAUAUAACUGACAUUGGUCAUGCGAUCAGUCCGAAAGAGUCGUUUCACGUAAUCCACCGAGUACCCGAAGGACUAUCAGUAUCGACCAAACGACGUGGCUUGACUACAGAUGAUGCAGUCGAAAUACGUUUGCGAUACCUUGUACCGCGUUGUCAAAAUCGAUUCGUACGAACGCUGAGUCAUGUGACACGAAUCAACCGACCAAAUCACCCUCUGAACUGUCUCACAGUAUCCAAUCAGGUGCGACGUGGAGUGCGUCGACAACCAAUCAGUUGUGCCUAA